AUGUCCGCUUCCGUCCCUGGAAGGCCGCCAAAAUUGCUUUCCAACGCCUGCUUGUUUUGCAAAAGACGAAAGAGAAAGUGCGACGGAGCACGACCAUGUGCAACAUGUAUCAAGUAUAACAACGCUGAUGGCUGCGAAUACAGCUCCGAGAACGAUCGGCGCAAAAAAAAAUACGACUCGACUCACAUUGACUAUCUGGAGGUCAAGGCCGACCUUUUGGAGCUGCAUGCUGCUAAUCUCAUCAAGCGAACCGAAUCGCUGAAAGAUUUUGAUCUCAGUUCAAUCCUCCCGCAGCCACCGCAGUUGACUCAGAAUAACGACUUUGCUCAGCUAGGACACAUGGGAGAACAAUACACCAACAUCAACGCCCUGGAAGAAAUAGUGUCCACCGCAUGGAAGGUGAGGAAGCACGGAGACAAAACGGAGUUUUAUGGGCCGCUUUCCGGACGACAGGGUGUGGAGGAGGACGGAGACGAGAAGUUUUUGAAUCCGGAAACUGAGCUGCUGGAUAUCGAUUUUUGCUCACCACAGUUCAGAGAGCACCUCUUCAACGUGUUUGAGGAAAACUUUGGCAAAUUUUUCUACGUUUCUCAGCUCACACUGGACAUGGUGCGAUCCUGGCCGUAUCCAUGUGUUGAGCCGGACCACCGUUUAUUGAUGUGCUCGAUUUUUGCUUACGCCUCAGCUUAUGUCAGACCAUCUAUCACACAUGCGUUUCUUGAAAGUGCCGAAAACGCUGCAAUCACUGCGUGUAAAGAAGCUUUGAACGAAAACACCUUACAGGGACUGCUUAUAUUGUCAUGUUUUGAGCUUGGGAUGGCCCAAGACUCAAGUUCUUGGCUGUUUGACGCCAUGUGUGCUUCUCAGGCCCAAUACAUUGGUCUUCAUACUAUUGAGAAGCCUACCAAAUCUAGUAUCCCAACAAGUGUUGUGCCCAUAUCGCCACUAAAGAGUGCGCUUUUUUGGUCCAUCAUUCUGCAGGACAGGUUCAUUACCACUGUGUUAGGUCGCGGCUGUAGAAUUCAGUAUUUCAGAAUCAUGACCCCAUUUUAUAGCCCGAAAAACUCCCCGGAGAACGUUGAUAGAUAUAUCAGCGAGCUGACGUUCUCUUUCCACUCAAGACUGUGGUAUCUCCAUGACCGGUCCACUCAACAAAUAUACUCUUUCCGAGCUGACUAUUUGCACAAUUCCCAUCGACAAAUGCUGCUUGAGCAGGGUUUUUCCAAUCUCCGUGCGCUUUAUGAAUCAUUCCCCGAUGCAAUAAUGUUAAAGCCCGUCACGAAAGAUAAGCGGAUUCUCCUUUUACACCUAUCGUACUACGUUGUGCUCCUGUUGCUGCACAGGUCCUACCUUAUUCAAAACCCCAAAACUAUCAUUGAGCUGAUGGUCAAGCUAUGUACCUCAGCAUCCAAGGUUACGGAAAGAUAUUCCGAACUUCAUGGAUUCAACAACGCCCCGUACUUUGUCGGUUAUCUCCUGUUCCAAUGUGCCAUGUUUGACUUGUUCAUUCUAGCCAACAAAGAUGAGUCGUUCCAGGCAGCAGCAAAUUCUCAAUUUGUGAAAUUCGUGGCUGCUUUGAGCGAAUACGCAGAUGUUUGGACCCGAGGAAUAAAGGAUAUCAAGGUUUUGGACAAUCUUGCUAAACAGUGGAAUGUGAGUGUUCCCAUUCUUGAUCAGUUAAGACAGGGAAGUCAGCCACCACCUGAGACUGUGAUUGCUCAGAACGAUGUUUACCAAAACUAUUUGAGAGCCGAAAUGGAUCGAGACUUUGCAACGGACGCCCCUGUUCUUGAUAUCUACAACAUACCCACGUUUCUUGAUAGUUUUGAUUUCGAUUUCGCUUAG